UCAAAUAAAACUUGUUAAAUAUUUUCUGAAAGUGUUGAAUAUAUACAUUUGAGUGAAAUACAUUUUUUUAAAGUGUUGCAUAUAUUUAUUUGUUUCCCUUAAUGCUUGCCAUAGAUGUCAGAACCUUGAUCUAUUUUUAUUGUAAAUGUUAAAUAACCUUGGUCGGAACUUUCACUGGUAGUCUAUAGUAUAUCAAUUCUGUUAUUUCUUCGAAAGAUAUUUACGACUUACAUAAUAGGUCUACAUGUAGAUCAGGGUGAGACCAUUACGUGUAUAUUGGACAGUAUGAUCAAUUCGAUGCAGCUGCGCUACAAGUCUAACGCUUUGAAGUUCAUUACUGGAAUGACCACACUAGUAUGAACAUGAUGAAUUCACGAGCUAUCUCCAAGAAAUGCCUUUUCAUGACGAUGACGAUGGCAAUGAUGAUUGACAUCGUCGUUGGUGACACGACGAUGAGACCGAUGACGUUCCUUCCACCAACCCAUCCCUCCCCUACGCAGUUCUUUACCCACGGCGUUUUUACUCCACCUCCACGUCACCUCACAACACAAUAUAUUGUAGGAACACAAGGAGUGGCGGCGCCUUUUGAUCUGAAUCCAUACCGUACGACGAUGACCCCACUGUAUUCCCCUCGAACUAAACUCGUCAUCGAGUGCCCUCAUGGCUUCGAGGAGAUCUUAACCCCUUGCAGAUUACCAGAAAACGACCCGCCCUGGCCAGAAUGCCAUGCUACAACUCUGCAGGCGAUGCAUAGAUUCAGUUUCGAUGGGUACGACUCUUGCCUGGAUGCUGUUUCUACGAUCCGUGAUUACCUGGGACCAUCUGUCAAUGGUAACGAAACAACGGCUCUCAAGUACCCCGUUGCUACGGUUGAGUGGUGGGCCAUGAUCAAUGUUACGAACGCACGUCUUCUGCAGAAUGACAUCGAAAACGUCCUGGAGGGUGAGCUUAAUAACCUCUCGAGCAGCCGAUGUGCGGAUUUCAUUGAAUUCGGGGUAACCUGUUCACUUGAAGGAGAUCGUAAUGACUCUAUCUCAACUCCGCUUUCAUCGAGGGAAUUAGACGAAGAGUGGUUCAUUGGUCAACCGGAUGCUUUCACACCAGUCUGGCACAAUGGAUCCUUCCUUCUCUUUUUCAAUGGAUCUUACAUCAUACCAACUUGGUGGAAUGAACGAACGACUUAUGACGUUGUUGAGUCGUAUUUAAACGACUUAAGACGUCAAGAUAAAACGCGAGAGUUUAGAGUGUGUGGUGCACGGAAGGUUAUGCUCAACUGUGCCGUCGUCCUAUCAGAUGAAAAAUAUUACUUGAAAGAUGUCGGAAACUCGACGUUUGUCGUCUACAAUGAAACCGAAUACGAAGAUGAAUUGUUUGAUUACGUGUCCAACAACUCUAUCAGAAUCUGCGUCACCCAUAACAACUUUUCCACUGUACUAGAACAAGAAGGAAAAGUAGAAGAAGGUCCCACGACAAAAACUGUUAAUGUUCAACUAAUCUAUAGCCAUGUACUGUUUGCUAUAUCGACAUUGUGUCUCAUAUUAUUGAUCGUGACCUAUUUGAUGUUUCCUGAACUUCGCAACUUCCAGGGAUGUGCCAUACUGAGCUUUGCGUUAUCCUUGCUGAUAUCCCAAAUUUGUCUGCAGUAUGUCGCUCCUUACGCACGUCGCACAAUAGCUCUGUGUCAGGGUGUGGCAGUUCUUGCACACUUCUCUCUUCUGUGUGCCUUUGCGUGGAUGACUCUUCUUGCCUUUGACCUUUGCCGAAGCUUCCGCGUAACUCAAACCCGCUCACAUCGUGAUCCAGCCAGUCGUCUCAAACGCUACGCUCGUCACUCGCUUGUCGGAUGGGGCGUACCUCUCCUUCUCGUAAUCGUCGCUCUCGGAUUGCAUUUCACUGAGAAUGAUGUGCUCCCGCUCGAGUACGGAUCGGGAAGAAACUGCUGGGUGUAUCCAGUUCUUGCAAACAUCGUAUUCUUUAUUGGUCCAGUUGUGUUGUCGUUGGUUGCCAAUGUCAUUCUCUUUAUCAUCACUGUUGUCAACAUUUGCAGGACGACGAAAAUGACCCGAGGCGCUCUUCAAAAGAACAGAUCACACAAGCAUGUAAUAUCAGAGCUACUCAUCUACUUCAAGAUAUCUUGUUUGAUGGGAUUCAGCUGGUUGUUCGGCUUGGUAGCCGCCCUGGGCACAACGUCCGCCCUCUGGUACCUGUUCAUAACGGUCAAUGGUCUCCAAGGCAUCUCGGUAUUUCUCUCGUUCGGCGUUAAUGCCAGGGUCAGGAAGUUGUGGAGCAAGAAAAUGACCUCAGCAGGUUCCAGUGCCAGUAGUGGAAGCUCCAAUACGACCAAGACGACCAGUUCCGUUUAGUGGUCUUUCCGAAGGCUCCCUCACUUGUGGUAAAACGUUUGAAGAAUGAUACGAAGAGAGUUUU